GUCCUUACCCUUUUCAUGCUUCUAUUGACUUGCGCUGGAAGGGGCGUGGCUGAGGGAAGGCCACGCCUCCAUUUCCUCGCUCUCCUUUUAGAGUCCACUGUUUCGGGAAGGCCCCGCCCCCUUUUGCGCGCUUGCGUCACACGUCCUCUCAGCCUCUCCUCAGAGAAGCAGGAAGCGGUGGCGGCUGCCUUUUUGAUGGAAGCGAUGUCCGGGGAGGCGGUGCUCCCGGGGGCCGUGACCCGGAUGCUGCCCCCCUCCUCCUCCUCCUCGGCCCCGCCCUGCUCGAAGGCCCCUCCCCCGGCGUGCCGGUACGUGAAGCUGAACGUGGGGGGGGCCUUGUCGUACACCACCACCCAGACCCUCACCAAGCAGGACACCAUGCUCAAGGCCAUGUUCAGCGGGCGCAUGGAGGUCCUCACCGACAGCGAAGGCUGGAUCCUGAUUGACCGUUGUGGGAAGCACUUUGGGACGAUCCUGAACUACCUCCGGGACGGGGCGGUCCCCCUUCCGGACAGCCGGAGGGACAUUGAGGAGCUCCUGGCCGAGGCCAAGUACUACCUGGUCCAAGGCCUGGUCGACGAGUGCCAGGCCGCACUCCAGAACAAAGAUGUCUACGAACCGUUCUGCAAGGUGCCCAUCAUCACCUCUUCCAAGGAGGAGCAGAAACUCAUUGCCACCUCAAAUAAGCCAGCAGUUAAAUUGCUGUACAACAGAAGCAACAACAAAUAUUCCUACACCAGCAAUUCGGACGACAACAUGCUCAAGAACAUUGAGCUUUUCGACAAGCUCUCCUUGCGCUUCAACGGCCGCGUCCUCUUCAUCAAAGACGUCAUUGGGGACGAGAUUUGUUGCUGGUCAUUUUACGGCCAAGGGCGCAAAAUCGCCGAAGUUUGCUGCACGUCCAUUGUUUACGCGACAGAGAAGAAGCAAACCAAGGUGGAGUUCCCGGAGGCGAGGAUCUACGAGGAGACGCUGAACAUCCUUCUGUACGAGGCGCAGGACGGUCGUGGGCCCGACAACGCCCUCCUGGAGGCCACCGGGGGGGCCGCGGGGCGGUCGCACCACCUCGACGAGGACGAGGAGCGGGAGCGGGAGCGGAUCGAGCGCGUCCGCCGCAUCCACAUCAAGCGCCCCGACGACCGCACCCACCACCACCAGUGAGCGGGCAAACGCGGGCCGCCCCGUCCGGUCCGUUUCUCAGGGCGAGAUCUCCGUCCAGGCCUUACUUGCAUCCGGGAUGAAGUCGAUGAACUUUCGGGGGGAGGGAGGGAGGGGCUUUCUAGGCGGAAAUACCGCAUUCUGUAAUCAUUAGGGGGGUGCAAAACGGUAGGAACUGGAUUCCGAGUCAGAUCCAGAUUCAGAAUUCGGAAUCUGGAGUCGCGUAAUUCGGGGUCCGGGGUCGCACCUUCCGGGGUUUGUGCUCGCGCCUUCCGGGGUCCGGGGUUGCACCUUCCAGGGUCCAGGUUUGCACCUUCCGGGGUUGCGCCAUCCAGGGUCUGGGGUCACGCCAUCUGGGGUCCGUGCCGUUGGGGGUCACACCAUCCAGGGUCCGGGGUCACGCCAUCUGGGGUCCGUGCCGUUGGGGGUACCACCAUCCAGGGUCCGGGGUCGCACCCUUUGGGGCCUGGGGUCAUGCCUUCUGGGGUUGCGCCAUCUGCUGUCAGGUCAUGCCGUCCGGGGCCCGGGGUCGCGCCUUCCGGUGUCCAGGGUUGAGCCAUCCAGGGUCGCGCCUUCCGGUGUCCGGGGACAUGCCAUCGGUGUCAGGGGUCGCACCGUCCAGGGUCUGAGGUCUCGCCUUCCGGUGCCCACGGUUGAGCUGUCCGGGGUUGGGCUAUCCGGGGUCUGGGGUCGCACCUUCCGGGGUUGCGCCGUCCAGGGUCUGGGGUCACGCCAUCUGGGGUCCGCGCCGUUGGGGGUACCACCAUCCAGGGUCCGGGGUCGCACCCUUUGGGGCCUGGGGUCAUGCCUUCUGGGGUUGCGCCAUCUGCUGUCUGGGGUCAUGCCGUCCGGGGCCCGGGGUCGCGCCUUCCGGUGUCCAGGGUUGAGCCAUCCAGGGUCGCGCCUUCCGGUGUCCGGGGACGUGCCAUCGGUGUCAGGGGUCGCACCGUCCAGGGUCUGGGGUCUCGCCUUCUGGUGCCCACGGUUGAGCUGUCCGGGGUUGGGCUAUCCGGGGUCUGGGGUCGCACCGUCCGGGGUCACAGCUUCCGGGGGCUGGGGUUGGGCUAUCCAGGGUCCGGGGAUGCUCCAUCUGGAAUAGGUCGCACUUUCUGCGGUCCGGGGUCGCGCCGUCCAGGGUCUGGGGUCGCGCCUUCGGGGGUCACGCCUUCGGGUGUCCAGGGUCACGGCUUCCGGGGUCCAGGGUUGGGCUAUCUGGGGUCCCGGGACGCUCCAUCCAGGGUCCGGUGUUGCGCCUUCCGGUCUCUGGGGUCGCACCGUCUGGGGUCACAGCUUCCGGGGGCUGGGGUUGGGCUAUCCGGGGUCCAGGGAUGCUCCAUCCGUGGUCCGGGAUCGUGCCAUCCGGGGUCUGGGGACGCGCCUUCGGUGUCCGGGGUCGAGCUAUCCGGGGUCUGGGUUCGCGUCCUUUGGGGUCCGGGGUCGUGCCCUUUGGGGUAAUGAUGACAGAAUCCAUUUCCCUCAUUUCGUAACGAAAACGGAACUCAUUCCUACCGUUUUGCACAUCCCUAUGAUAUCUAUAUUCACGGGUUAUUUGACCCAGUCCGGCCGGGCCGCCCUCCGCACUUGCGUGUUUUGCUGAGUCUAUUCUCUCUCGGUCCAGCAGAGGUCGCCCUCGAGUCUAUUUAGAGAGGAGACCUCUCUAGGAAUCUCUACUAUCCUCCGGUGCAACUUUACGGUUCAGCAAAAAAAAAAAGUAUUUUUAUCGUACAGGAAAACCAAAGAAUACAAAAGAUUUUUAAAAAUCAAUAUUGUGGUUUAAAAAAAAAUGAGAACCUCUCUGUAUCAAAUUUGUAAUUUUUUAGGAUCCUCAAAAUAUUUAAUUUAAAUUUUCUGCUUUUCCCUACAAAAGAAAGAAUGCCAUUAAUGUUUAAUUCCCAUUCGUUAGGUUAAUAUUAUUUUGUGCUUUGGGGCAAAGAAUCAAUAUAUUGGGAACAUUAAAUAUGGGGCCAUUAAAAAUAUUAUUAUUAAUAAUAUUAUUAAGGGGGUUACAUUCCUAGAUUGAGUUGAAGUUGAGAGGUUUUUACGAAUAUCAUAGAAUAUUAUGAAGAAAAAAGCCGGGAAAUAUAUAUAGAAUAUGUUGGCUUGCGAAAGGCUAAAUAAUAAUGUACUCGACUCGUAUCAUGUUGCUUCGAAUCACGCUUACCGGACCAAAAAAAAAAAAUUAAAAUAUAUCCGAAGGAAUAUAACCUGUUACCAAAAGACCUUCUAAAUUUUGAGAAACUCGAUUUUGAAAUUCGAAAUACUCGUUUUUUAAUUUGGAGAAUCUCGGUUUUAAAUCUGGAGAGACACGUUUUUGAAUUUCGAGGGACUCGUCUUUAAAUUUGGAGAGACCCAUUUUUUUAAUUUUGAGAGACUCGUUUUUGAAUUUCAAGAGACUAGUUUUUGAAAUUUGAGAAACUCAGUUUUUAAGUUCGAGAGACUUGCCUUUAAAUUUCAACUUGUCUAUUAAUUUUGAGAGACUCGUUUUUGAAUUUCAAGAGACUCAUAUUUGAAUUUGGAGAGACUCGGUUUUGAAUUUCGAGGGACUCAUCUUUAAAUUUGGGGAGACGCAGUUUUGGAUUUUACUUUAAAUUUAGACUCGUCUAUUAAUUUUGAGAGACUCAUUUUUCAAUUUUGAGAAACUCGUCUUUAAAUUUCGGGAAACCCAGUUUUGAAUUUUGAGAGACUUGUUUUUCAAUUUUGAGAGACUCGUUUUUAAAUUUGGAAAGACUCGUUUUUGAAUUUCAAGAGACCCCAUUUUUCAAUUUUGAGAGACUUGUUUUUGAAAUUCGAGAAACUCAAUAUUGAAUUUCGAGACUGUUUUUCAAGAGAUUUUAAGAGAUUUCUUUUUCAAUUUUGAGAGACUCGUUUUUUGAAUUUUGAGAAACUCAUCUUUAAAUGUUGAGAAACUCAAUAUUGAAUUUUGUGACUGUUUUUUUUCCCAAUUUCGAGAGACUUGUUUUUUGAUUUCGAGAGACUUGUUUUUUGAUUUCGAGAGACUUGUUUUUCGAUUUCGAGAGAUUUGUUUUUCGAUUUCGAGAGACUUGUUUUUCGAUUUUGAGAGACUCGUUUUUCAAUUUCGAGAGACUCGUUUUUCAAUUUUGAGAGACUUGUUUUUCCAGUUUGAGAGAUUCGUUUUUCAAUUUCAAGAGACUCGUUUUUUAAUUUCAAGAGACUCGUUUUUUGAUUUCCGAGAAACUCGUCUUUAAAUUUCGAGAAACUCAAUAUUGAAUUCCGAGAGACUUGUUUUUUUCAAUUUCAAGAGACUUGUUUUUCGAUUUCAAGAGACUUGUUUUCCAAUUCCAAGAGACUCCUUUAUCAAUUUCGGCCAAGUGGACCACUUAUUCUUAACUAAAACUUUGCAACAACACAAAUUUUAUCUUUUUACGAGCCCUCCCUUUUGGUUGGAAAAGACGCCCAGAGCCUCGAAAAAGUAAUUUUUUGGACUAACUCCUAUUAUUGAGUUAUAUUUUUGGACCAAAUCAUUGGAUUUCAUUAUGUGCAGACUCCGACGAGUUUUCUCAAGGAGGCCCGAAAUACGAUUUUUAUGAGGAAAAGUAACUUCCCGGUGGCCCCAAUCCCCUCCCCAAGUUACUUUUUCAAAAUAAAACAUAAUUACUUUGGAAUUCUUUCUUCUUCUUUUUUUCUCCUUCCGCCCAGUAUUGAUAAUCCUCUACGUACUGCCGUUUUCCUCUCGUGUCUCGAUUCUGUCUCUAGUUUGUAUUUUACACGGAAAAUUCUGCAAAUAAAUCAAAAGGAAAAAAGUUCCUGUUUCCAACUCGUUUUUGUCUCCUGUCAGUAGGAAUAUCAAUGUAAAUGGAAUAAAUGGGUUAAAUAAACGAUGUAAAAUAUCUCGAACAGACCACCGAGAAGGACGGAUCCGGCCCAAACUUUGAACGCAGAAUCAUGGUGACGGACUGGACCCCACAAAGGACGGAUCUGGACCAAAGUGUAGUUUGUCACCACUCAGUGGGGCAGAAUUCGAAACGAUCUUAACAGAUUAGAGAGACGGGCCAAAACAAACUAAUAUAUUGUAAUAUUAACACAUGUAAUAUUGAUGAUAAUAUUUUAAUGUAAUACAAUGUCAUACUAAUAAGAAUACAAUUCAGUAAUUGUAUUUUAUAUCUAUGACAUGUAGUAUUACUGAUAAUAUUGCCAUAUAGUAGUAUAGUACGAUAUAGUAAUAUACACUAAUAUUGUGUUAUUGUCAUGAUCUCCGAUCUUUGACAUCUCCGGAAACAGAGCAAGCGCUGGCAAAGAACAGAUGCCAGCCAUAAAACGGGCCAGCCAUAAAACCUCUGGGUCGUGAGAGCCCCUAUAUAAAUGGGCCAAAGAGAAGGUUCUGGUAUUCCGUACAAUAAAACCUGUUGGAAUCGACCAGCGUGUGUCUUGGUGCCUUUAUUCUGCUGGAAGACUUACCCACAGCACAACUGGGAGAAGAGAACCUAACAAUCCAUAAAACCUCAAUGACCCUCUGGUCUGUGAGAGCCCCUAUAUAAAUGGGCCACAGAGAAGGUUCUGGUAUUCUGUACAAUAAAACCUGUUGGAAUCUACCAGUGUGUGUCUUUGUGCUUUUUCUGGUGGAAGACUGACCCACAACACAACUGGGAGAAGAGAACCUAACAAUCCACAAAACCUCAAUGACCCUCUGGUAUGGGAGAGCCCCUAUAUAAAUGGGCCAAAGAGAAGGUUCUGGUAUUCUGUACAAUAAAACCUGUUGGAAUCUACCAGCGUGUGUCUUGGAUGGGCCAACCAUAAAACCUCAAUGACCCUCUGGUAUGUGAGAGCCCCUAUAUAAAUGGGCCAAAGAGAAGGUUCUGGCAUUCUGUACAAUAUUAUCUGAGCCCACACUGCCCGAUAUCCCAGUUCAAUGUUUGCUGCUAAAUUCGUAAAUACAGUAAUUACUUCAUAAUGUUAUCGCGUAUUGAACUGCUUUUUCUGUCGAUUUGUUGUAUAACAUGAUGUUUUGGUGCUUAAUUAGUAAAAUCAUAACCUCAUUUGAUGUUAAUAGACUUUCCCUUAAUCUCUCCUUAUUAUCCCACUCGCGUGGGAGUUGUAGUUGACCAAUUAACAAGACUAUUGAAACCUCGUUUUCCAUCAACAUCAAUGGCAUAAACGCACGUAGUAAAUGUCGUCAAGUAUAUAAACCAAUAUAAAUUAGCAUUUCCAAGAUAGAUUAACGAGACUAUUGAAAGAUCGUUUCCCCAUUGAUUCUUUAAUGCACAUAAUAUAUUCAAAUAAAUGUACAGAUUAUAUUUUGCAUCCAAUCGGGAUCCAUGUGGGAUUUCGAGAGCCCGUUUCAAGGCAAAUUAAUAGAUUUUCACCUUAUGUUAUUUCUCGUUAUCCGGAUUUCCGGAAUUACUGUGAUGUCAUCUCGAAUAUCCGGGAAAAUAAGGAAGAUUUCCCGCCAUUAAUUAUGUUAUUUCUCGUUAUCCAGAUUUCCAGAAUUACUGUGAUGUUGUCUCGAAAAUAAAGAUUCCCCGCCGUUAAUUAAGAAUAGAACUACGCCCAUUGUGUUCCGUCUCAUACUUAUAUAAAAAUAAUGUCCAAUUUAGCGAGACUUUGGGAUAAUUCAUAUAGAUUCGUUACCUUGCAACUACGAUAUCGUCUACGUAUGGGAAUGUAAAAAAAAAUAGAAGUAAAAUAAAAUUUACAGAUUAUAUUUUGCAUCCCAUCGGGAUCCAUAUGGGAUUUCGAGAGCCCGUUUCAAGGCAAAUUAAUAGAUUUUUCACCUCGUUUGAUGCCUUAUGUUAUUUCUCGUUAUCCGGAUUUCUGGAAUUACUGUGAUGUUGUCUCGAAAAUAAAGAUUUCCCACCGUUAAUUAAGAAAAGAAUUAAUCCCGUUGUGUUCUUUCUCAUACUUAUAUAAAAAUAAUGUCUGAUUUAACGAAAAAUUUGGGAUAAUUCAUAUAGAUUUGUUACUUCCGCAACUAUGAUAUCGUCUACGUAUGGGAAUGUAAAAAUAAAUAGAAGUAAAAUAAAAUUUACAGAUUAUAUUUUGCAUCCGAUCGGGAUUCAUAUGGGAUUUCGAGAGCCCAUUUCAAGGCAAAUUAAUAGAUUUUCACCUCGUUUGAUGCCUUAUGUUAUUUCUCGUUAUCCGGAUUUCCGGAAUUACUAUGAUGUUGUCUCGAAAAUAAAGAAGAUUUCCCGCCGUUAAUUAAGAGUAGAACUACUCCCGUUGUGUUCCGUCUCAUAUAAAAAUAAUGUCCGAUUUAGUGAGACUUUGGGAUAAUUCAUAUAGAUUCUAUGUCAUUUCUCGUUAUCCGGAUUUCCGGAAUUACUGUGAUGUUGUCUCGAAAAUAAAGAUUAAGAAUAGAACUAC